AUGUCCGAAUCUGGUGGUUCUGCGUAAGUAUUUAUUGAUCAAUUAGGUACAUUUCUUAGUCAGUGAGAUUGAAAGGAAACCGUUGAUUACUCCUAGAAUCUAAGAAACCAAGAGAAUGAGAAAAAUUGUCAAAUCAAAAACAGAAACAAACAUUAUGUUCAAGAUAUUUGUUGCAGCAGUGAAUUCGACAUUCUUUCCAACUCCAGUUUGGAGAAUUUGGACAAACAAUUGGAGCAAGUGGUCGCAAUCAGAGAGGAGAUCAGCAAGAUAUCUGGUCCAACUUCGGCAGCUCUUUCGAAUCAACCGGCUGGUGUUCUCGUUGAGCCAAUUCCAACAUCCCCGCUCACGGCUGUUCAAAUGGAAGUUCCGGCCCCUUCUGCAGCCGAACCACCUACUCAGAAAUUUGCAACUCAAGGUAUUUUUGUCUAUUUUUUCACUGAAUUGUAUUGACGUUCUUUACUUUCAGAAGAAUUUCAACUGUUGACUCAGCGCGUUAUCGAUCUCGAGCUCGCCUUCAAAGAGUAUAGGGAGGCAGAGCCGCAACCCGUUGUUAACGAGGGAGCGUGCCGUAGCGGUUCCGUCUCCCGCAUCUCUACUCACUCUUCUAACAACGCGAGCUUCACCUACCAUUAUCUUGACGGAAUACCAGCACCGAUAAAGGUCUAUCGUGAAAACAACAGAGGCAAUGCAAACUGCGGCCGCCGCUCUCCGGGUCCGAUGUACCCGCGCGAGAGUUGGAAGAACAACUAUCGCCGUGGACGUUCUCCAUCUGGGGCACCGGGUCAAAGUCGCGGAUUCUCUUCGCCCCAGGAGAGAAACUGCUACUCGCCUCGCUAUCAGGAUCGCCAUCAUGAGGGCAUGUUCGAUCAUCCGCAGCGUUUCGGCAACGAACUUUAUUAUCCCGAACGUCGCCUUGUCGCGGAAGGAUUUGUGGACGAGAUGGUCGCAAUGCCGUGCGUCUACUGCAACGUGCGCCACAGAUCGGAUCAGUGCCCACGCGUGUCGGACCCGGUCGCUCGCAUGGACAGUCUGGAAUAUCAGGGCCGGUGCACUCGUUGUCUGCGCGCAUAUCACACCGCCAACGGAUGCAAAUCGAACGUCAUAUGCCGCUACUGCAAGCUGAACCAUCACUCAUCGAUCUGUCUCGGUCCAAACAACGUCGAGUUUACCAACUAA